GAGGCUUGUCUACAGUAGCUCUUCCAUUCACCUUCCGCCAUCUGCUGCUUCUUUGACCCUUCCGAGUGUCUCCCACCGCCGUCGACUUCCAAUCAAAGACGACCAUUCUUCCCCAGCACCAUCUAUCUUCCAAAUUACUAGAUUAACCUAACCGUCUUUGUUCUUUACAGUUCAGAGCCAAAACCCUGUCACCACCACCGCCCUAUACGUUGCUGCUCUCCGAUUAUAGGAUAUCUUUCCAACUACGAAGCCUCCACAAACGCAACCCUGACUCCAUUAUCGUCUACUUCUUCCCAACGCCCAUUCUUUGGUUAUGCCCUAAAUACAUUCCACCACUUACUGCUUCGUCUUCCUCCUCAAUCAAAUUGAGAGCCGCUGGUGUCGUAGAAAGACAAUCCUCCACUGCCUGUGUCAUCAAACUCAGAGUCGCCGAUGUCGUAGAAAGAGAAUCCACCACUGCCAGGUCGCCACCUUUAAAGGCUUCCGGUUCGUCUUCGUCGCCAAUUCGGAAUCGUGUUCUUAGGCCACUCGAAAGGCACUCAUUGUCGAUGAAAUCAAAAUGUGAAAUCAUGUUCUUAGGUCACUGGAAAAGCACUCAAGCUCGAUGAAAUCAUCAAUUACGUUCAGUCACUACAAGGUCAAGUUGAGAUAUUUGAGAAGCUUUUUUUCACCUUUCUACUCUGAAUAUCAUUCGCCUUAAGCCGCCUCCGACUCCGUCGAUCACCUCACUCACGAGUCACGUCCUUCUAGCAAUUGCUUCCAAUUUCCAUCAAUGGCAUCUCAAGCCGACUCAUCUCUGCAAGCCAUCUGUUAUCACCGUGGCUCACUUCAACUACUUGAUCAGGCUUACAUUGAAGCUGCUGAAGUAAUGUUGGAAGAUGAUGUUGCUUCCAAUAAAGCAAUCGGGUCAUAUGGAUCUUCUUUCAUUCAAAUUCAACAAAAGGAAUCUAAGAAAUUUCCUUUUUUGACACAUUGUAAUACUGCCAGUCUUGCAACAGCUGGAUUUGGAACUACUCUUGGAGUAAUCCGUGCACUACAUGAUGAUAGAGUACUAGGAAGAGCUUAUUGUACAGAAACCCGUCCAUUUAACCAAGGAUCAAGAUUGACAGCUUAUAAAUUAGUUCAUGACAAAAUACCCGCGACUCUUAUAGGAGAUUAUGCAGCUACUGCUUUAAUGAAAACUAGAUCUAUCCAUGCUAUCAUUGUUGGAGCUGAUCGUGUUACUGCUAAUGGUGUUCAAGAGAAGUUAAAGAAACAGAUUAAAGAAGUGAAACUUGCACAAUCGAAAGAAGUGUCAUUACACUGGUAUGGCAUGGCAGAGAGUGUUCAAGUUAUUGGUGGAAUCUAUGUGGCCUUCAGCCACUUGGGUGAGAUAAGGACAUUUGGCAUGUUACAUUCAAGAUUUAAAUGGGUUACUUCAGCUCUCUGCGAACACCUUGUGCCAAUGCAAAAAAGAGGAGCCUAAAAGAUAUCAUGGAGAUUAUCGCACAAGAUGUUAUGAAUGAUGGUCACAAGUGGUGAGGCUUUGUUUGCUUUUGACUAUCAAGAAUCUGCAAUUAAUGUGCCUAGAAAUUUGAAGUAUCACCUUAUAUAUGAGAAUGUCAAAUCCCCCAACUGCCGGUAACAUGGUCUCAUAUAGGUUAGUAAUUUUCCAACUAUUCACUUAUUUCAUUCAUCAUUGUCCUUAAGAUUAGAUUUUGUUGGUUGUGUAAACAGGACAGUGUUUUGACUCCAUAUGUUCUCUAUUCAUAAGAAGGAAAAUAAAGAUGAAAUUUCAAUUAUAUUUUAUCUCUAGAAGUUAGAAAAUAUAUCCAGGUGUCUAUUGAUAUUACUUUUGACUGUUGUCCCUUAAUUUAGAAUCAAAGAACAUGAAGUUUGUAAUUGGAUGCUGAAUAGGGCUGGAAUGCAAUUAAGAAUGGCCACUAGGAAGGAGUCUGGGUUUGGUAUCUUGACAUCUAGUACGGUUUUAUGAGUAAUCUAGUACGGUUGUAUGAGGAGAUCGUAUGGUGUAUUAGAUGGGUGUGUGUUUGAGAGGAUUCAUAUCAAGUACGGUUGUGUAUGGGUGUAUUAGAUGUGUAUAUAUGCCGUAUUAGAUGAUUGUAUGCGAUGGCUGUAAAAAGUAGAUAGGAUACAUAUAGUACGGCUAAAUAGCCGUACUCUAUUAGGCAUGUAAUCUAAUACACCCAUCUACUAAUACGCCCUCUAUGUACGUACUAUAUUCAUAAUUUCAACCGUACUCUAUUAACCUUUUUC